GCAUUUAUUUUAUUUUAUUUUUAAUAUUAUAAAGGGCCGGUUUCCCUCACAAGCCAUUCUCAGGUUAUACAAACUUCUAGCCUCGGUUUCUGUCGGGGAAUCUCAGCGCAGGGUGCGCUACGAUACCUUCAGUCCCGGAUUGAAGGAUUCACCUGAGAUUCAAGUUCUGGAUCCGAUUGAUCUCCUUUCUCUAUUAACACCGAGCCAGAAUGAGUUUCAACCGCCCAGUUGGGAAUGAGGACUAUACUCAGUCCACGGUGGUGAUUAUAGGCGCAGGGAUAUCGGGUAUGUGUAUGGCCAUUGAGCUUCUCCGGCAUCAGUGUCGCAAUUUUGUGAUCCUGGAGAAAGGAAGUGCGGUGGGCGGGACCUGGAAUGAUAACAGGUAUCCCGGGUGUGCUUGUGAUGUUUGGAGUGCUCUGUAUAGUUUCUCCUUUGAGCAGCGAACCACCUGGACGCGGGAAUACCCUGGUCAAGAAGAAAUCCUGGACUAUCUGAAGGGUGUCGCGGGAAAGUAUGGUCUGUACUCGCAUAUCCGGUUCAACUCGACGGUCAACGAGGCGCGAUGGGAUGAAGACGCUCAUCAGUGGAAGAUCCAAGUUGGAGUAUCUGGCGUCACGGAUAGCCAGUUCCAAGACUCGUACGAGCUCUCUGCCAAUAUACUUAUUUCGGCCGUUGGACAGCUCAAUGUGCCUAGCUGGCCCUCUAUUCCCGGGAUGGAUGACUUCAAGGGGAAGAGCAUGCAUUCUGCCCGUUGGGAUUGGACAUAUGAUUUCAGGGGAAAGCGAGUGGCGGUGAUUGGAAAUGGUGCGACUGCUGUCCAGAUCGUCCCCGAAGUCGCCAAAAGAGCAGCCCAAGUAUCGGUAUACCAACGCACAGCUCAAUGGAUCGUUCCCCGGAUGGACACAUCAGUACACCCCGUGCAGCAGUUCCUCUUGUCAGCGGUGCCACCGCUGCGUUGGUGUAAACGUGCGCUCAUGAUGAACGUGCGCGAACAGUCGCACGACCCGAUCGCCAAUCCAGACUCUGCCCUGACCAAGUACUUGCGCCAGUUGGCGAUCUGGGGUAUGAAGAAGGGACUCCCAGAUAAACCAGAGCUGUUGGAUGCUCUGACGCCGAGCUAUCCCCCUGGUUGUCGACGGAUCCUUACCUCGGACGACUACUAUCCCACGCUGAACAAGGAGCACGUCAGGCUGGAAACGCGACCGGUCCAGCGUAUUACUGCGCUCGGCAUUGAGACGGCCGAUGGCGAAAUGAACGAAGUCGACCUGAUUGUCUAUGCGACUGGAUUCCGCACAGUCGAGUUCCUGUAUCCGAUGAACAUCUCCGGAGCGCGCGGUCGAACCCUGUCGGAGAUUUGGGAUGGUGGUGCUACGGCUUACUAUGGGAUGACAGUAGAGGAUAUGCCUAAUUUUGGCAUGUUAUUCGGACCCAACACAAACCUUGGGCACAACUCGAUUAUCUUGAUGAUUGAGGCCCAGAGCCGCUACCUGGCUACUUUAUGGGGGCCAAUCAUUCGGGCUAAAGCUCAGGGAGCAUCCAUUACACUUCAACCACGAGGAGAUACGGUGCGGGCGUUCAACCACAAGCUCCAGGCACGGCUGGCCAAGAGCAGCUUUGCGAACCCGACAUGCAGCAGUUGGUACAAGACCGCCGAUGGCCGGAUCAUCAAUAACUGGCCGGGCACAGUGGUCGAAUACCAAAAGCUCCUGUCUCGGGUGGAGUGGACAGAUUACCAGGUGGGAGGGGACUCGACGGGAGAGUAUAUCGGGCGCCACGAGAGUACGAGGAUUGGACGCAUUGAAGAAGAGUGGCCCAUUCGGAAAUCGCCCAUUGCUAAUCCGCACAUGGCUUUCCUCCACAAUUCCACACAGGUGGUCUCGCGUUAUAUUGCGGCGACCUGGGACCGUGUGCGUUCAUCACCGGGGGAGUUUUUUGAUGCCUUUUGGGACUGGACGCGCCGGUUCUUCUUCACACUUACCUUCUUUGCUCUGUUCGGCGCCAAAGCCCUCCAUCUCUAUGCCCAUGUGCACUCUCUGCCUCCUCAGAAAUUCUUCCUCUGGGGGAUCACCUUUUUUACACAGGAUGUGGCCCUUACCUUACUUACUCGCAUCUCCACCCAGAAAUUUGCGACCCGAUGGAUGGACGCCAUUGGAGCUAUAGUCGUGAUCCCGUUUAGUCUCCUUAUGUCUGGAAUGACUUCUGCCAAUAUCUCUUUCUAUGUCGUAGCCGGAGCCGAAAUCAACUGGCGGCAGGCGAGAACCUUCCAUCGGGAUGCCGCCGCCAUCCGGACGCUGUUAACCGGCUUGACCGGGUUUUUAAUCGUUGAAGCCAUUCUCUCUGCGCUUGCGUGGAUUGUCGCUCCCUACGUGCACCGUCUUGUUGGGGGCAUUUUCGAUGUCCUUGCGGAGCCCUUUAAAUCCGUCUUCCAUCGCCCCCGGCCUUUCAUCCAGCAUAUUCGUAUCCGCAACCAACCUCUUCAGGAUCCCGAGGUGUAUGAACAGAUUGCCUGGGAUGAUUACGCGGAUUAUACGAGUGAUGAUGAUGACGAGGAGUCGGUGUAUCCUUUGGAGACUACAGAAAACGCUCCCGAACUCCGAAAGCGCAUUCCUUUGACGAGACGCUUGGUUGUCUGGCUACCGAUGCUAUUCUUGGUUAUCCUCCGUUCUGCCCGCCCCUCUUAUCCGUCGUACAUGUUCCUCUCUGAAACACUACCGGUGGCCCCAUUCAUGGGGAAACACCCCUUGACACUGGGAGAACAAGCUGGGAAUCCGGCGGAUUAUGCAUGGCUGGAAGGGCGGACCUCGCUUGCGAUGCCGCCGGCCUGGGACUGGAUGCCCUCAACCGGGCUUCCGGGGUUUGAAGAUUGGGAUACCUCCAAUAGAGAUCGCACUCACUACAGCCCCGCCCAGGACCCUCUGCAUAUGUCAAAUCUCCACGAACCAGUCUUGGAUUCUUUGCGGGAGGUUCUGGCCAAGGGAGAUAUCAACAUCAAGCAUGUCAUGGUGUUGAAAUUGGAGAGCACACGAGGGGACGUCUUCCCAUUGCGAAACGGGUCAUUCCUGUGGAAUAAGAUUGUCGAUUCGUUUGCAGGCGACGAAAUGCCUGAGUCUGCCGGGAGAACUGUGGCAAACCUGACCCGCACCGCGGAGUACUUGACUGGAUUCGACUCGGGAUUCGACCAGUACCGCGUGGGCGAGAGGAAGGCAUACGGCGGUAUUAGCGCUAGCAACGCUUUCACAACGGGUACCUACACCCUGAAGAGCUUGGUGGGAACCAUCUGUGGUGUCAGCCCCCUAGUUGCCGACUUUAAUCGCGAGUACGAACAUCAUAUCUACCAGCCUUGCAUGCCGCAUGUCCUCCAUGCGCUGAGCCAGCAACGGGACAUCACAAACAAGACGGACGACUAUCGCACAUGGCCGUGGCACUCGGUGUGGAUGCAAUCCGUGACCGACACUUACGAUAACCAGGACAAACUCACCCCUAGGCUGGGAUACCACGACAUCUGGACCAAGGAGAGAAUCGAAGAUCCGAGCGCGAAGCACUACCCGUUGACCUACAAGGAGGUCAACUACUACGGCUACCCUGACACAGAGCUCCGCGACUAUAUUCGCGACGCGAUUGACGUUGCUAAGCGCAACAACACCCGUCUCUUCCUGACCCAUUUAACUGGCACAACGCAUCAUCCAUGGGGGAUGCCCAACAAUACGUAUGAAAAGAUCAUGGCUGCCUCUUUUAAGGGCCAAAAUGGCGACCUGAACCGAUAUCUGAACACUAUCGGGUUCGCAGAUCGGUGGCUAGCGCAGAUUUUGGAGAUUCUGCAGGAAAAGGGAAUUGCGGACGAAACGCUACUUGUCCUAGCAGGCGACCAGUCAGAGGCUAACCCUCAUAGUGGCAUCUCCCUUCCUAAUGACGGCGGAGUAACCCCUUACAACAACCCGCAUAUCGGCAGUUUCCAUGUCCCCAUCGUCUUCGCCCACCCGGGUCUUCCAGCAAUCGAAGUCCAGGAUCCGGUCAUAUCGUUGCAAAUAGUCCCAACGAUUUUGGACCUCCUCAUUGAAUCAUCUUCCCUAGGGCCCGACGGCACUCGAGUGGCGACAGAUAUCCGCGCCCUCUAUGAAGGCCAGUCGAUGAUCCGUCCGCUGUCCCAGCCGGUCAAAGAGAUGGAAGACUGGCAAUUCAGCGUCAUGAAUACGGGCGCAUCAUGGCUGGCCGUCCGGUCGGCAGCUCAGCCCACAUACCGGAUUGUUAUCCCUCUGAUAGACGACGUGGAGUGGCGCUUUUCCGAUAUUGGGCAGGAUCCCUUGGAAAAAGACCCGAUCACCAGUUUCAACUUCAACGACAUGGCUGCCGCGUUGUGGGAGAGGUAUGGAGAUGAAAGGAAUGGCAAUAACACCGACAAGGCAGACCGCAGGUCAGAACAGCAGGACCAGGACUUUGUUUUCGCUCCCCACCCUCCUCCCCCUGGUCCUCCACGCCAUCAUGCUCCCCCGCCUCCUAUUUCAUUGGUGCCUGGUCGUACACACCAUGGCGAGAGCCACAAGUGGGAGCCGGAGGCCGUUCGUUUCGUGCGGGAUGCUGCCCAUAUCGCGGAAUGGUGGAUCCAAGACAACUGGCGCCGAUACGGUUAUCUCAACAAGCACAAAGAGUGA